AUGGCCUUAGCAAACAAAGAGAGCAAGGUCCUCAUAGUCGGUGGUGGAGGGACUAUCGGAUCAUCGACUGCUCUUCACCUUGCUCGAAGGGGAUACAAGGAUAUUCGGCUUUUGGAUAUCUUCCAGAACCCCUCUCUCAACUCGGCUGGAAAUGACAAUAACAAGAUGGCCGGUGAUGACUCGGCGGGAAUCUGGGGUCAGUUAGGUACGGAGGCUUGGAAGAUGUGGACGACGGAUCCAGUUUUCAAGGAUCAUGCUCAUAAUACUGGACGGCUGGAUCUUACAAGUAAGCCAGAGCGAGAAGAACGUCUUAGAACACGGUAUCAAGGGAUAGUGGAUGAAGGUCGAGGAGCAGGGAUAGAAUGGGUGGAGGGCAAGGAACAGAUAGUAGCCAGAGCACCUCACUUGGCCCAUGCGGAUUUGACAGGAUGGAAAGGCCUGUUUGUCAAGAAUGGAGGAUGGGUAGCAGCGCGAAAUGCCCUUAAUGCAGUAGGGCAUGAACUGAGAAGACUAGGGGUGAAAUCGGCAUUUGGUUCUUCUGGAACAUUCAAGGAGUUGAUUCUUGGCGCCGAUGGAAGGACAGUCAAAGGUGUAAGAACGGUUGAUGGAACGGAGUGGUACGGUGAUUUAGUGAUAUUUGCUGCUGGUGCUUGGUCACCUGCGUUACUUGACUUACAAGGGCAGUGUGAGACCAAGGGAUGGGGAUACGCUCAUAUACGUUUGACUCCGGAGGAAGCCAACAAGCUGAAAGGUAUGGCAACGACAUAUAAUCACGAAUUGGGCUUCAUCAUGGAACCUGAAGAGGGUACUUUAGAAUUGAAAAUCGUCAACGAAUUUGCUGGAUACACGCACAUGCAGAAAGUUCGACCAUUCGGAUUGAACAAGGAUGUACUCAUGUCUGUCCCUCGUGCUCAUGCUAUACAUCCGACUGAUACCAUCACGACCGAAUCGUUAGAAGCGAUAAAGAAUCUCAUCAAGCUCUGGUUACCUGAUUUGGUAGAUCGACCGUUAUUCAAGAUGGCAAUGUGUUGGUGUACCGAUACAGUCGAUAUGAAUUGGUUGAUGUGUGAACAUCCCAAAUAUAAGGGUCUCGUCGUAGCUACUGGUGACUCGGGUCAGACUUUCAAGAUGUUCCCUGUGGUAGGAAAACAGGUUGCGGAUUUGAUAGAAGGAAAGCUACCGGAGGAUCGGAAACACAUAUGGAGAUGGAGACCCGGUGCUGGAGAUAACGGUACUGCGCGUGGAGGGGAGAUGGCAAAGGAUCUGAGUGAGGUUGAGGGAUGGAGACAUGAUCCUGUGAUAGUGAAAAGUAAGCUAUGA